GUUCUGCACCUUCCUCCGUCUGCUGUGCAAUGGACAGUGAGCGGUGCAAUGUGAAGCUCUCAGUCUACCCGUCCAGAGGACUUGUGGAUGAAAAGUUCACUGUUCUGGUCCAGAAGGCCCCUCCUGGUUUCCAGAUGACCAUCCGUGCCCUACACCAGUGUGAAGAUGGAAACGGCUGGGAGGCAUUUGCUCACUACACUGCUGACGCCUGUGGAACUGUCAACCUUUCAGAGGAUCCCAGUAUGGGUGGGACAUACUCUGGUGUUGAACCAAUGGGGUUAAUCUGGAGCCUCAAACCAGUUCCAGGCAGCAAACCUGGGAUCAGGUUGAGUAAGAAGAAUGUCCAGACUCCAAUGGAGUUCACCAUCUCAGUGUACAAGGGUCACCAGACUGAGGGCUUUGUGGAUCAGGUCCAGCUGGCCUGUGUGGUGGUGGAGCGCUGGUACAUGGCACCAGGAGUCCGCAGGGUCCCGAUCACAGAGGGGGGUCUCAUUGGUGUCCUCUUCCUGCCCCCAGGACCUGGACCUUUUCCCGGUGUCCUGGACCUGUGGGGGCGUGGAAUUGACAUAGCAGAGUAUCGCUCAGCUCUCCUGGCUUCACACGGCUUUGCUUCCAUGACCCUCAACUAUAUGGGCCCUUUGAAAGCAAGCAGUGAUGCUGCGAAACUAGUUAAUGAUCAGUAUUUUGAGACAGCCUUGAGAGUCCUGCAGCAGCAUCCUCAGAUCCUCAGUAGCAGCAUUGCCAUGUUGGGCCUUUCCUUUGGUGCCAGUAUGACUUUAAAAAUGGCUGCUUACUCUGAUGUUGUAAAAUUCAGGUGUGCAGUGUGUAUUAGUGGAAGUCAUGUGCAGCCAGUGGAUGGAUCUGUGGCAGACCUGAUAGCUUACUGUCAGAAAAAUGAGGCCAAGAUUCGCAUCAACACAGACAACCAGUUGAUUGGCCGAGACUUGCUGCUGCCCAUCCCCACUGAUCCCACCAUGAAAGUAGAUGUUGGUCGUGUGCAGUGCCCUCUGCUGCUGAUCGUAGGUGAAGAUGAUCAGAACUGGCCAGUGUACGAGUCUGCACAGGAUAUGAAGGAGAUGAUGGAGCGUUCAGGAAACAGCCACCUACUGACCAUUCUGCUGUACCCAAAGACCGGCCACCUUAUUAAACCUCCAUACGCUCCACACAGUGGUGUCAGCACCUUAACAUACACCACAGGAAAGACGGUGAUAAAUCUGUGGGGUGGAGAGAUGGUACCUCAUUGUCGUGCUCAAGAAGACGCCUGGAGGAAAAUUCUGGUGUUCCUUAGGGAGAAUCUGUAUGUUAAUAACUAUGCAAAGUCCUCUAAAUAACAACUCCAGAAAAAGCAUCACAUUGUUAGGGCACUUUCAGACCUGGGUUUGAACUUUGAUCAGGCAUGCUUUUACAUUUAUAAGCUGUCAGAGUUA